UGUGUGCGUGUCAGCACCGCACGCACGGCCGGAGCGCCGAGGCGGCGCGUCGUGAUUGCUGGGGAGAGAUCAGACGUCGAGCGGCGCGGCGCUGUAAGUCCGAGGCAGCAGAGGAAAUCCGCUCUCCCGUUCCCCCUCCGUCUCCCCCUGCAAUUCGGCUUUAGGAAUCGAGCUAAUCUGAAGAACUAGCCGACCGCUUACGUAAUUAGCCUCGCCGUUCUGCCGGGAAAAUGCAGCGCAGCUCCGGCUUGCUUCAGGUGGGGGCUGCAUCCGACGGGGACCGCUUCUCUCUUCCGCUCACUAACGCCGGCCGACCCAAUGCACCACUUCGCUUCGCUGCGCAGGUCCCAGCUCCCGGAUUCUGACAUGGACUAUGAGAGACCCAACGUCGAGACCAUCAAGUGCGUGGUGGUGGGGGACAACGCGGUGGGCAAGACGCGUCUGAUCUGCGCGCGGGCGUGUAACGCCACCCUGACACAGUACCAGCUGCUGGCCACCCACGUGCCAACCGUCUGGGCCAUCGACCAAUACCGCGUGUGCCAGGAGGUGUUGGAGCGGUCCCGGGACGUGGUGGAUGAUGUCAGCGUCUCUCUGCGUCUGUGGGACACAUUCGGGGAUCACCACAAGGACAGACGCUUCGCCUACGGGAGGUCAGAUGUGGUGGUCCUGUGCUUCUCCACCGCCAACCCCAACUCUCUGUACCACGUGAAGACCAUGUGGUACCCCGAAAUCAAGCACUUCUGCCCACGGGCGCCCAUCAUCCUGGUUGGCUGCCAGCUGGACCUGCGCUACGCCGACCUGGAGGCCGUGAACAGGGCGCGGCGGCCCCUGGCCAGACCGAUCCGGUCCAAUGAGAUCCUGGCGCCGGAGAAGGGGCGGGAGGUGGCCAAGGAGCUGGGCGUGCCGUAUUAUGAGACGAGCGUGGUGGCGCAGUUCGGGGUGAAAGACGUCUUUGACAACGCCAUCCGCGCCGCGCUCAUCUCGCGCCGCCACCUGCAGUUCUGGAAGUCACACCUGCGCAACGUGCAGCGGCCGCUCCUGCAGGCGCCGUUCCUGCCGCCGCGGCCGCCGCCCCCGCUCAUCACGGUCCCCGCCCCGCCCUCGUCCGGCGCGGAGCACCCCGGCCGCCUGCUGGAGGACCCGCUCUGCACUGACGUCCUGCUCGUGCUGCGGGACCGGCAGCGCGUCUUCGCCCACAAGGUCUACCUGGCCACCGCCUCCUCCAAAUUCUAUGACCUCUUCCUGCUGGACCUGGGGGCCGAGGAGAGGCAGGGGGAGCCCCCGGCCCCAGCUCCGCCCCGGGCCCCACCCCUCUCCACGCGGGCCGCCAGCUUUGACGCGUGCGAGAGCGAGGAGGGCGAGCGGGCAAGCCUGCGGGCGUGCACCAGCGACGACGCGCUGAGGGGCGGGGCCGGGGUGAGGGGUGGGGCCACGGAUGGGGCGUGGCCCGGGAGGCUGCUGUCGUCAUGGAGCCGGGCCUUCGUCAGCAUCCGAGAGGAGCUGGUGGACGACCCGGUGAUGGGCGGUGCGAGGCCCAUGACGGUGGUGCACAUGGACCCGUCGGUUCUGCCGGGCCCGUUCCGCGUGGUUCUGCGGUACCUGUACACGGGCCAGCUGGAUGAGCAGGAGAAAGAGCUGAUGCACAUCGCCCACAUCGCCGAGCUGCUGGAGGUCUUCGACCUGCGCAUGAUGGUGGCCAACAUCCUCAACAACGAGGGCUUCAUGAACCAGGAGAUCACCAAGGCCUUCCACGUGCGCCGCACCAACCGCGUCAAGGAGUGCCUGGCCAAGGGCACCUUCUCAGACGUGGUGUUCAGGCUGGAUGAUGGCACCAUUGCGGCCCAUAAGCCUCUGCUCAUCUCCAGCUGCGACUGGAUGGCGGCCAUGUUUGGGGGACCUUUCGUGGAGAGCUGCACCAAAGAGGUGCCCUUCCCUAACACUACGCGUAGCUGCAUGCGGGCAGUGCUGGAGUACCUGUACACCGGCCGUUUCUGCUCCAGGCCUGACCUGGAUGCCAUGGAGCUCAUCGUCCUGGCCAACCGACUCUGCCUGCCUCACCUGGUGGCCCUCACAGAGCUCUACACAGUGACGGUUCUGAAGGAGGCUGCCAUGAUGGGGGCGGACAUUGAUGGGGAUGUGUUGGUAUACCUGGACGUGGCUCAGUUUCACUGUGCCUAUCAGCUGACUGAGUGGUGUCUCCACCACAUCUGCACCAACUACAACAGCGUCUGCCGCAAGUUUCCCCGCGACAUGCGGGCCAAGUCUGCAGAGAACCAGGACUACUUUGAGAAGCACCGCUGGCCGCCGGUGUGGUACCUGAAGGAGGACGACCACUACCAGAGAGCCUGCAAGGAGCGGGAGAAGGAGGACUGUCUUUACCAGAAGCGACAGUGCAAACGCAAGUGGCUCUUCUGGAACCUUCCGUCCUCCCCCACCUCCAACCCCUCCUCCUCCUCCUCCUCCUCCUCCUCUGGAUCAUCUGCCAUCAUCUGAUUGGCUCCCGCCCCCAGACAGAGGCCCCACCCACUCCUGGGAGAGGGUGAGUUGAGUAUGGAGCUUCAGUGAAGCUGUCCACGGAGAUCGGUCUGCUCUUCCCCCUGCUCCGCCCCCCUUGCCUGUCUGGCCCUGCCUACCUGAACCAGUAGUAGCAUGAGGGUGACACCUAGAGGGUCAUGGCUGCGUAGUGACUUGCCAACAGGCAUCCUCUUCUGUCUCUGUUUAGACUUCAUCAUAAGAGGUCCCUUCAGUCUCUACUCUGAUGGGUCAGAAACAGUUAGUGAUGGAAAAAUGACCCAGAGUCCUCUCUGCGCUGCACAAUGACACCCCCCCCCUCAGAAAGAGACACUGGUGCUCUCUUCCUGCCAGGGGUGGAGGGAUCUUCCAUUACUGGGCUCCUCUUGUUCUGAAGCUCUGCCAUAGGGCAGAAAGCCUCUUCCUGCCCAGCGGCUCCGCCCUUUCUGAGUGGAGGGAACUCAAAGGA